GUUGCGGUUUAGCAAGCACACGAGCUUCCCUCGAUCAUUUUUUCCGAAUUUGUACUUAGGCGAAGCGUCGACGCAGUACGUCCAUCUCCUCUUAACUGCACUAAAAACAACAUUUGUUCCAAUUUCUUGUCCGGGUGAACUCGUCUCGGUGCUCACUCGACGCUUGUCGCGUGAGUUUAGCUUAGCUUAUCUUAGCCUAGCUUAGCUGGUUAGCCGCUAACAAAGAAGCGAGAGGCCCUUUGGCUCAGCGGACAUCACGUGUCGGGGGUCAUCGCGCGAGAAUGCGCGAGAAUGUGCGCAAGAACGACGGCAAAGUGCAAGGGGGAACUUUGUGGGGGCAAAGAGGAGAACGAGCGACAACAAAUCGGGUCCCACGCAGCAGAUGUCUGUGAAGAUCUUCGUCCUGAGCAGCAGGCGCCAGAGUCCCUCCACAUCAAAGAGGAAGAGGAGACACUACAGCCUCCUUCCAUUAAAGAAGAGGUGCUGGAGCCCCAUCACAUUAAAGACGAAGAGCAGGAGGACGAAAUCACCAAGUUUCCAUUGACUGGUGUCCUUCUAAAGCGUGAAGAUGAUGAUGAAGACCACCACAGAGGAAGCCAAUCGGACAACCUCUUGGCUCCACUCUCAGAUAGUGACAACAUAACGUCACACUCUUCUGACGAAGAUGAUGAUGAUGAUGAUAAUGGUGAUGAUUAUGAUGAUGAACAACACUCGAAAGAUGAUAUAUGCGACACUGACAACAAAUUCAUCCAGUGUUCUCACUGUGACAAAACAUUUGACAAAAAAUCAUUGUUGAAAGCACAUACAAGAACGCAUACUGGAGAGAAACCUUAUGUUUGCUCAGUUUGCGGUCAAAGAUUCUCUCGAAAAAUACAUUUGACAAAUCACACAAGAACACACACUGGAGAUAAACCAUUUACCUGCGCAGCUUGUGGUCAAAGAUUUUCUAUUAAGGCAAAUCUGAUCAGGCACACAAGAACACAUGAUGGAGAGAAACCUUUUACUUGCUCAAUUUGUGGUCGACGAUUUACUCAGAAUGGAGAUUUAAGAAUACAUGCAAGAACACACACUGAUGAGAAACCAUUUUCCUGCUCAAUUUGUGGUAAAAGAUUCACUGUGAAGAAAAAUUUAACAAGACACACAAGAACACACACUGGUGAGAAACCUUUUGCUUGCUCAGUUUGUGGGAAAAUGUUUAACAGAAAGACAAAUUUAACAACGCACACAAGAACGCACGCUGGAGAGAAACCAUUCAGUUGCAGUGUAUGUGAAAAAAAAUUCUUUCGAAAGUAUCAGCUGAAGAAACACAAGUGCGCUAGUGAGAAGAGCAGCUGUCAAUAAAGUUCCAAAAUAAACCGGAGAACCUGAGGCUACGUUGGGAAUCGUCGACUCAUUGCCGACUUCUGAAUCACAGGGAUAUUUCUAUAGUGGACUAUAUUGUAGGUAAUUCGGAGAAAUUCUAGAAGCAAAACUAUUGAGAGAUUGAAAGUUAAUGCUCAUCUGUAAGAAUGAGGAACUAUGUGGAAAAAGAUAUGAAGCCUAAAAUAAGCAAAUGUGAAGUAAAUGGGGUGACACAGUACAGUGCUGUGGAAAAAAAGCAUUUGCCCCGUUCUCAAAUUCUUUUUAUUUUUGAUUUUUUUUUUGGAUAGUUUGCCCACUUUAAUAUUUAAGAUCAAAUAUUUUUUUUUUUAACAAAAACUACUCAUUCCCAAUUAUUUAGGGCCGAAUUCUAAAUAAUUAAACAAUGAUUGAUUCAAAUAGACAAAACAACGUCAAAAGUGUAUUCAGUUUCGUUUAUAUUCAACCAACCAAUUACGCAAUGAGAGAUGAAUACAAAAUAAAUAAAAUGAAGAAAAUAUAUUUAAUGAACCUAAAUAAAAUGAAGAAAAUAUAUUUAAUGAACCUAUCUCAGGACAAUUGGCUACAUGAACAAAUAUGUGUGAGUCUUGAUAUUGUCAAUGCUCGGCGGGGCACAUUAUUACGUGUGUUCAUUGCCAUUGACGGCUUCAGAAGUCAAACAUCCAUGUUAACUGGGGAGGCUGGCAGUGAAUGAGUUCAAUAAAGUGUCGGGUACUUUCCAAACCCCUGAAUUGGACGGCUCCCGGUCUGAGUAGCAGAAUGCAUCACGAUUUAAUAAAACAUAAAAUACGGGUUCAUCGAAAUGAUUUCCCCUUUUUUCUCGCCGCGACGUGGGCGAGCAGGUGAAUAUUGGCUUGAUUGGGUUGGCAAGAGUGGACACGAGUGACAGAUUUGCAUGACGCUGUGAUAUAAAAGCUGCGGGCAAGAGAAAAAUUGUCUGAGCGUCAUACGUUUAAUUAUGCCACUCGCUUCAUCGGUUCUCUUUAACUGUCACAGAACUGGGCCGCACGUGGCCAGGGAUGCGACGCAACUCAUCUGUCGCAUAGUGACCAAUGACCCCGUGCACCACACAGCUUCCCUUCGCUCUCCCGGUGGCUGUAAAAGUGAAGGCGGUUGGGGCGCUACUUCCAUCUUUAGAAUCUGGAAUCCGGUUUCAUGAACGCGGCGUCAACACGUGAGGACAAAAAGACCGCCUGGGCUGGACCGGGUUCUGCGCCGGCCGCGGAGCCAGCUGCUCUGCGGCAUCAGCGAUCUGUUGGAGGGUGCCGUUGAUGGACGUAAGCAGCGGGAGAACGUCGCUCUGGAGGCUCCGGAGGUGGGUAUUGAGUGUGCCGAGCUCCUGCUCCAGCAUCUCAAACCCACCUCGCUGGAGAUCCAGGAACGGAGCGUUCACCCGCCGCCAGUUCCCCCGCCGUCUAACUCGUCUUCGGCCGGCCGGCCGCCGGUCGGUUACAUCCCCGCUGCCGUCCGCCGUCACCUCGCCGCUUCCGCCGACCCCCGCGUCGUCUUCAUUCUGCUCGGCCCCCGGAACUCGGGACACUGCGGAGGGAGCUGACACAUUGCACAAUGACAUACGCUGAACAAAAACAGAAACACAACACUUUGGUUUUUGCUCCCGUUUUUCGACAACCUGAUCAACUAACUACGCGGAGGAGAUGUGUUGCGCUGCGUGAGGCAAAUUGUGGUCACGCCAGAUACUGACUGGUUUUCUGACCCCCACAAUAAAGCACAACUGCACGUUUCAGAGUGGCCUUUUAUUGUGGCCAGCCUAAGGCACACCUGUGCAAUAAUCAUGCCGCCACACCUGUGAGGUGGGAUGGAUUAUAUCGACAAAGGAGAAAUGCUCACUAACACAGAUUUAGACUCGAUUUGUGAACAAUAUUUGAGGCAAAUUGCCUUUUGUGUAUGUAGAAACAAUUUUUGAUCUUGAAGUCCAGCUUGCGGAAAAUGGGAGCAAAGACAAAAGUGUUGCAUUUCGAUUUUUGUUCAGUGUAGUUGGUGGAAACACCUGCCGACUUUAUCAGCGCGCUAUUUAUGAUGUGCUAAUAGUCUUUUCACUUUCUACGUGUGGUAUGAGGUCAUCACCAGGUGACUCUAUUGAAGAAGGUCCCCGCCCACAUUGUCCAGGUCCCCGCCCACAACUCAGCGAUGAGGCGGGCUCGACACGGUUUUGGUCAUUUUCGUCAUCUGCACCACUUGCGCACUGACUGAGGAGUAUCUGCACCAUUUGCACAAUCGACAUUGUCCCAGAUGAUCGCGCUCCUCGUCACUUUAAACCGCCUGCACUCCUUGACGUCUCGGCGCCCUUUGCACAAUGUUCAUUGCACCGGACUAUUGCAAUAUUAUUAUCAUUUGAACUGCAUGUUUUUGCCCAAUUUGUCCAAAAAAUAAAUAAUUUGUACCGGCAUUACCAGAUCACUGUGUUUUUUUUGCCAAUGUCUUUCUGUCAACAAAGUGUUCUCUGUCAAUUGACUCUGUCUUUCUAAUGUGUGAAAAGCAAAAGGUUUCU